AAUAAGAAAUAUUUCAAAUACUGUAAUAAAAGUGAAGCAGCUCCUUGGCAGAAGCUAGAAAUGCGGUCCUCGGACCUGGCUUCUCUGCAAUUAAUAGCCGUAAGAGGGAAGAAUUAGUUGGCUGCUGGAAAUAUACUGAGAGCACACAGAGUGUACCCAUACCUUCAGAUUUGCACCUUGCUGCCUCAGUAACCGUCCUUCGCAACUCACUAUGGCCAGUGCCAGUAGCAGUGCUGGCAUCCGAUGGUCCAGACAGGAGACACGAACUCUUUUGUCCAUACUUGGGGAGGCAGAGUAUAUCCAGCGCCUCCAGACUGUGCAUCACAAUGCAGAUGUCUAUCAGGCUGUGUCUAAACGAAUGCAACAGGAAGGCUUCCGCCGCACAGAACGUCAGUGCCGCUCCAAGUUUAAAGUGCUGAAGGCAUUAUACUUAAAGGCCUAUGUUGCUCAUGCCACCAGUGUGGGUGAUCCACCUCACUGUCCAUUUUAUGAUACAUUGGAUCAGCUUCUCCGUAAUCGGAUAGUGACUGAUCCUGACAACUUAAUGGAGGCUCCUGCUUGGGCCAAGCACUGUGAUCAGAACAUAAUGGCCUCUGACAAGCCAGGGGAAGAGGGAACCAGCGUUCUGAAGGUAAAAGAAACUCGGGCAGCUGAUCGCCAAUCUGCCUUGAAAACAGUGCAGAAAUCAGAUGAGGAUUGUCAGCUGAGAAUGAGUGGCCGGAUGCAAGAAACCAGUGACCUUGAGGAAUCCUGGGAUGAAUCCUCGGGCACAGGGUGCUCUCAAGGGACCCCCACCUACAGCACUUCCCACAAACUUUUCCGAGGUGCAGUUGCUCCUUGUGAGAGCAGCCCCGUGACCAGACUGGGUGUGUUCAACGAGCCCAGUCCCUGCACUAGCUCCAGCCGGAACUCCCCCUGUGUAGCCUCCACCCCGCGGCCUCCAGUCUCCUCCUCCAGAGUUGGUUUUGUUUCUAGAGGGCAUAGGCCUUUGACCAGUGAACCCCCUCCAAGGUGGGCAAGGCGAAGAAGGCGGUCAGUGGCCAGGACAAUUGCAGCUGAGUUGGCAGAAAACAGGAGGCUGGCACGAGAACUUUCAAAGCAUGAGGAAGAAAAACUGGACAGGCUCAUUGCUAUUGGUGAGGAAGCCAGUGCUCAGCAAGACGCUGCCAAUGAGCUUCGCAGAGAUGCUGUCAUCGCAGUCCGCCGUCUGGCCACAGCCGUGGAAGAGGCCACUGGCGCUUUUCAGCUAGGGCUCGAAAAAUUGUUUCAAAGGUUGAUUUCAGAUACCAAAAGCUAGCGACCGUUGUCAUCUGACACUCUGGUUCCUUUUUCAUCUCCGCAGGAAAAAAAGCUGCAUGGAGGGUGGGGAGAAGACAAGCCAUUAAUAUACAGAAUAGUAGGAAUAUACCUACCUUUGCUGAGGCUCUCCACUAAUUGAGAGGUCUGUCAGAAAUAGGAGGAGUGGUCUAAGAGAAAACCCUGGGGCCAAGUCCGAGAGAGCUAGUGUGUCAUGGCUUUGUCACUGACGUGAGAAAAUUUCACUUUCCCCUGUCAACAACAGUUUCCCCAUUUGUAAAGCAGGCCUUGCUCACAGGGCUGUUGUGAGGAUCACAUGGCUCACAGAUGUGAAAAGGUUUGAAAGCAAUAUACACAUGUAACCAACUGAUGCACAUGACCUUGUCUGAGGCAAAGCUGGGGUGAGCACAUCAGUUUACAAGAUAGAGACGUAUGGUUGUAUCGUGACCUCAUUGCUCGAAUCUUUACUAGUUUAUCCUGUUUCGUGGAGUUUUGACAGCUUUUUUUUUUUUUAAGUCCCUCUGUGGCUCCUUAGACACUAGGCACAACAAAUAUUCACAGCUAUCUAUUCUGUUUUAACUGCUGUGUCUGAAUAGCACUGAAUAGGCUUCUGUUUUAGCUUUGGUAACACUAGAGGGCAGUGUGGACAAAGACUCCCCAAUCAAUAACUCCCAUUUAAGUGGAGACCCUCACUAGUAACUGCUUUCUCGCCACUUCCACCUCAUUACACUGACACAAGAAGAGAUGAUGAUGAUAAGCUGUACUUUCAGUUUGGAAAAAAAAAAAAGCCAUUACUGAGCACCAUUAAACUCACUUCAAGCUUUUUAUGGGUUACUUAGUACUUACAGAAAAUACAAAUAGGAGUUCUUGAGAUUUAGAAAGCUUUCCUGUGACUUAGAAGCUGAGAGAAAAAAAAAAAGAAUGAUUGAAUAGGGAAAGGAUUUUUCAAGCUUGGGGUGCUGGACAUGCAAAUAGGUGGGAAAAACAAACAGUGGGAGUGUGCCUGGAACCACGAAUAGAAGGCAGGCCACAAAGCAAACUCUUCUGCUGGUUGAGGGAGGGAUAUGUGAAGCAGCUGGUGUGGUGGAAUACACUUGAAUCUAGUUAGAACUCCUGGAUUAUGACCCUCAGAGUUUACUUUAUUUGGCAAAUCAUGUGCCCUUUAAAAGCCUCAGUUUUUCUUUUGUUUGAGGGACUUCUCCUAGAUGCUGUUUUUCUAGUAACUGUCAGUUUCAAAAAAGUUUCAAAAACUAUCAUAAAUGAGACAAAAUGAGUGUGUUCGUGUGACUGGUAACAAGUAUAUUUUAAGGAAGCAUUCUGUGGUAUUGGUGUGAGUAUUCUAAAAAACUUGGGACCACAACAAAUGUGCAUACUCCUUGCUUUAAAGGAACUUAUAUUAAGCAUUGGAAUUGAUACAGAUUUUAUACAUUGUCUGUAUUGUUCUGGGGCAAUCAUGGAAGGAUAGGUGUCAGAUGGAACUAGAUUACACUAAUGUAAAUAGGUAGAUUUUUUCCUGGAAAAAUAGGAAAGUUACUUGAAAACUUAGACCUGUACUAUGUAUAGCUAUUAAUGGUAGCAAAGUAUAUAGGCAAGAAUUUAUUUGACAGAAAUGCUAAAGCAUACAAGUGGAGUUAAAGUUUAUAGUUGGAUUAUGAAAUUCUAAUGGAUGAAGUAACUUGACAAAAACUUGAGAGAAUGACCUUGAAGAAAUAAACAGAAACUAGUGUCAAAUAGAGAAGCUAUAAACCUGUAGACCAAGAAAGAAUGCCCUAAGAAUCCUACCUACAGUAUGGACCCAUUGGUUUCUGUCUACACGUCCUUAAACUAACAAGUCCUUUACCAUUCUGUUACUCAGGUUAUUCUUGUAUAAAGUGGGAAACUACUAACAAUUGUCUUACCUACCUCACAGGGGUGUUGUGAGGAUGAAUGUAAAUGCUGUUAAAUAUGUAAGGCACUACAGUGAAACGUGCAGGGGAGGAACACACUAUAGCAAUGAGUGCUGGUGUGUGCCAGGUGCAUAGGCCUGCUAAGAAAUCAUCUAGAAGGAAGAGACAGUGCGUUACUGGUAACAGCUGUAAAUCAUGGUAGGACUAACUCUGCCUCUUAAAACCACAGUGUGAAUAAGGUGCUGUGUAUACCAACCUCCUACCACCCUUAUCUUUCUGUUAAGUAAUUUAAUUCUGGUAUGAAUAAAUAAAGUUUUACUUGUCUGUA